UGGAGCAAGGGGACCAAGAAGGAACAAGUCCAACAAAUCAUCAAAGACAUUAGAGAGUUUAAGGAGCAGAACAAAGUGGACAAGGUGGUUGUGCUGUGGACUGCCAACACUGAGAGGUACAGUAAUGUGGCUGUGGGGUUAAACGACACCGUGGAGAACCUUUUGGGUUCGGUGGACAAGAAUGAAGCUGAGAUUUCUCCUUCCACCUUGUAUGCCAUAGCUUGUGUUCUUGAAAACGUUCCUUUCAUCAAUGGAAGCCCGCAAAACACUUUUGUCCCAGGGCUGAUUGAUUUGGCAGUAAGGAGAAACUGUUUGAUUGGUGGGGAUGAUUUUAAGAGUGGUCAGACCAAGAUUAAAUCAGUUUUGGUUGAUUUCCUUGUUGGGGCUGGCAUCAAGCCAACAUCCAUAGUGAGCUAUAACCAUCUUGGAAACAAUGAUGGCAUGAAUCUUUCAGCCCCACAAACCUUCAGGUCCAAAGAGAUUUCAAAGAGCAAUGUUGUGGAUGACAUGGUCUCUAGCAAUGGCAUCCUCUAUGAGCCUGGUGAACACCCUGACCAUGUUGUGGUCAUCAAGUACGUGCCAUAUGUGGCAGAUAGCAAGAGAGCCAUGGAUGAGUACACUUCUGAGAUUUUCUUGGGUGGGAAAAACACCAUUGUGAUGCACAACACCUGUGAAGACUCCCUCUUGGCUGCUCCUAUCAUCCUUGAUUUGGUUCUCCUGGCUGAGCUCAGCACUCGCAUCCAGCUCAAAUCUGAAGCAGAGGGCAAGUUCCACUCUUUCCACCCGGUGGCAACCAUUCUCAGUUACCUCAGCAAGGCUCCUCUU